UGAUUUCAGUAGAUUACCGUUAGCUUUGUAAGAAAAUCUCUAUCUCUGUUGGUUACAAUUUUUCUUAUGGACUACGAGCUCCAUUUGGAAGCUAUAAUGAUUUCCGGAAGAUUAUGACAUCUAAUCUUAAAGCCUCGAGGAUAUGAGUGAAAAAGACUAGCAUCAUUUGUUUUUCGAAAAUUCAAAUAGAGAUAGCAUUGUUGUGAUCCUAAAUUCACUUCACGUAAAACUCUAAUACAUCGGGUGAAUUCAUGUUGACUAAUUAUCAUACCUUACGUGAAGAUGAUUCAGCGAUACUCAUAAAAUAAAAAACUAAUGCCAGUUAUUAUUUUAACAUGGAGUUUCACAGGAUAUCAAACCCAGAACAUUCGGUCAUACGCACGUGUGCCUAACCUGUAGACCACCUGUAGAUUAAAACUAUUUGGUAGACGUUAAAAGCACUUGCAUCUAUGUUUAGUAUUCUCACUUUGAUAAUCUUUCUUUAACUUUGUUUGAAAAGGUACUUCCCAUUAACAGAUCCAGUUUUGUGUUAAUUACAAAGGAUCGAAUCAGGCAUUUUGUCAAUUCCAUUUCCUCAUGAAGCGUGUUAGGCGUUUAGUUGUACUGGCAGUUCAACUUGCAGUCAUAGUAUGUACAAGUUAUCAACUGACAAAAUUACUAUUUCAAUUCAAAUGGGAGGAACAAUUCGGCUUAUCACGAAAUGAUGAUGGUUUCUCCUUCAAUGAAUUACCACGUGAAACUUAUUCAAGUUCAGUAGGUAAUUUAAAUCAGACCUAUUAUACUGCAUCACAAAUGAAGAAGUAUGAAAAUAAAAUUACACUCGGAUUUACUGAGAAAGAUCUUGAAGAAUUAUAUGAAAGGAAUUCUACUCCAGCUGCCAGAAAAAUAAUUCUCAACUAUGGAGACAUUCGUAUCAAUAUUAUUCGAAACUUCUCCUUCUGUUUCGCUUGUGAUUGUGAACUGAUUUUCGACAGAUCAAGAUGGCUUGAAGCCGAUGUUAUUAUCUUGACAGAUCACUUGUAUCCCAAAGGUCCAAGACCACCAAAUCAACUAUGGUUCAUUUUUGUACAUGAAUCUCCCUCAUACAUCAGAAUCGCUGAUGAAUUGGAAAAUAAAGUCAACUACACAAUCUCUUAUCGAAUGGAUUCAACAAUUUAUGUACCGUAUCACAAUUAUAUCCCAGUUGUUGCUAGUCAUGGUCCAGAUACAAAAUACGUACUCCCUUCCCAUAACUAUGCCACUGGUAAAUCUAAAAUGGUAGCAUGGUUUGUAAGCAACUGUCAACCUAAAGGUCCGAGAAUGAUGUAUGUAAAAGAAUUAUCUCGUCAUAUUCAAGUUGAUAUUUAUGGUCGGUGUGGAAAUAUGACGUGUCCUAGAGAAUUAGAUUUUCAAUGUUUUACUCUACUUGGAAAGCAUUAUAAAUUCUACUUGAGUUUUGAAAACAGUUUAUGCCCUGAUUAUAUUACGGAAAAGUUUUACGGAAAUGCAUUAAUGUAGGUAAACAAUGAAAUUUUAAUAAUACUGUUAGUUGUUUACUACAUUUCCAACAUCUUCCAGUUUAUAGCUGCAGUGUAUCAUCUCUGUGUUUGACGUGGCAUUUGAUGAACAUACUAUAUCAUUUGCUGCUUCUCUACUAACUCUCGUCGAACAAAUUUAUUUAGAGCUGUACUAAAUAUUCGUAGAGCCAAAUAUCCCGGUUGUAUAUAUUUCAGAGGGUGUGAAAUUGAUUUGGCA